UGUGCCCCAGCAGUGUAGUGAGUAGUGCCUCUGUCUAGUUGAGUUGCGCCCAGCUGUCUGGUUGAAAAUUGCUUUGGUUCUGUGUGAUUGCACAAAUACAAUCACGAGAGAAGUGUGUUUUUGUCAAUGUAUAUACGAUAGCAAUUCACAAUCGCACGUCAAUGGUUUUCAUUGUGUGCUUAACACUCGUUAGUUGUGCACACAGUACAGCUAUUCUGUGUUUUGAUUCCCGUUCUCGGUGAAAUUUCGAAAUUUGCCGCCGCUAUUGUGUCGUCGCCUUUGGUGUCGUAUUAAUAAUACUUUGACAUCUGUCAAAUGGGAACCACGAGUGCAAGUUCAUAGGUGCAAGUGAUUUGACGAAAUUUAACAAACCAAACUCUAUAAAUACAAACUGCCAAAUAUUGAAUGUUAUUUCUUUCUUUGACCUUUUAAAUAAAAUCUAACUGUUUAUAACUGUCUAACUAUUAUUAAUACUGUCCCCCUUAAAUGGUCACUUGCGGUCAACAGCGUGUAAUAGUGCCAAUGGCAACGGUAACAAAUCCUUUUGUCAGCGGCAACACAUUCGCGUCGUCAAAAAAACCAAAAAUAGCAUUUAGCAUAGAUUCGAUAGUGGGCGACGCGCCAACAUCUCCGUCAUCUGUUCGUUGCGACAGCCCUCCGGAACGGCCAUUAAGCUCGAAUAGUAGUGGAAGUAAUUGCCAAAUACAGUAUCAUCAGCGGAAACCUCCUCAACAUCAUCAGCCAUUGGAAUUAAGGAACACCGAGGAUUUCCGGCCAAUCGAUGGAGAUGCGGACAGGCAAAAUGCCAAUCCCUCCCCACCGUUAUCUGUAACACCACCACCACCACCGGCAACAUCAGCGUCUGCACCGCAAACAACUUCGGUUACUUUGAAUGGCAGGCCAAUUGUGGUGCCCGGUCUACCAGCUGGACUGAUAAGACCGUUUCCGCUGCAGCCACCGAAUGAUUUGAACAAGGCGAAUACACAGCCACAUCAUCCUGCGCCGCUUCCACCGGGAUAUAUGAAUAACCAGGAUGCUGGCAUUUUAAGAUUACCUCACCAUGGAGCACCGAAUCCUCAUUUUCUAGCUGCCCAGUUCCAGAUGGCUGCAGCUCUAGCCCAUCAGCAUGGGCAAGCUGGACCUGGAUUAAUGUUUCAUCCUGCAUCGCACCCGCAAUUCGGUGGAGGUAUAGUCAGAGACAGUUACCCGCUUUAUCCAUGGCUGCUAAGUCGACACGGACGAAUAUUCCCACCAAGAUUUCCCGGCAAUUUCCUGUUGCAACCAUUUCGCAAACCGAAAAGAAUCCGGACGGCAUUCUCGCCGACACAAUUACUUAAAUUGGAGCAUGCUUUUGAGGGCAAUCAUUAUGUGGUCGGAGCCGAAAGGAAGCAAUUGGCACAAGGACUUAGCCUAACAGAGACACAGGUUAAAGUGUGGUUUCAAAAUCGUCGAACUAAGCAUAAGCGAAUGCAGCAAGAGGGUGAAGGUAAAAGCGAAAACGAUGGUGACCAAAAGAACUCACAGAACGACAACACCCAGAGUAGUUUUGAAGAAGAAGACGCCGAGGAGGCUGAUGAGGAUGAAGAUGAAGUCAUUGAUAUGGACGAUUGCUCGAGCGAUGUUGAGACAGAUGAAAAAGACUUCCACCAACAGCAGCAACAGUUUGCUCAACAUUUUCAACAGCAUCAACAACAUCAACAAUUUCUGCAGCAUUCGUAUUUGUUGCAUCACCAACAGCAGCAGCAGCAACAACAACAACAACAACAUCAACAACAGCAGCAGCAGCAGAUGCAACUGCAGGGCCAGCAAUAAGAAAAACAGUGGAGUGAAUUGGAACGGGGCCAAGGUUUCACGCGUGUCGUUCGGUUUAUAUAGUUGUAAAUGUUUGUGUUCCUUUUGUUUAUAAACAAAAACUAAGUAAAUUUAAGAUAAUUAACUGUAUGUAUGUAUGUGUUUUAGUUAGGUUUUAUCAAUUAAAUGCCAAAAUAAGUCGAUUGCGUUUCAUAAA